UAGACCAACGUGGUUCUUCCCCUAUAAAUAAAUCAUUUUCAAGUUUCACAAUGCAAUAUAUUGUACUCAAAUUUCACCAUGAAUAUGGAUAACCUAAGAAAGAAAAACACAGGGCGUAGAAAGAUUGAGAUCAAAAAGCUUGAAAAAGAAACCAACAAGCAAGUCACUUUCUCAAAAAGAAGACAAGGUUUAUUCCGAAAAGCGAGUGAACUUUGCACUUUAUGUGAUGUUCAUGCAGCCAUCAUCGUGUUUUCUCCUGCUGGCAAACUACACUGUUUCGGUGAACCAAACACCGACCAAAUCCUUAAUAGCUACAUCAAUGGAACCAUUGAGUUUGAUGUUUCAAACUCAACGGGAAAUUCUUCGACCUACAAAGAGUACAAUAAACAAUAUGAGGAGGCACUAAAGGUGUUGGAAAUGGAAAAACAGAAACUUGCUGAUGUUGAAAAUUUGACUAAGAUUUGGAAUAUGGGUAACUGGUGGAAUGAAUCUAUUGAUGAGAUGAAUAGUGAUCAGCUUGAAGAAUUUAUGGAGUCCAUUUCUGAGUUAAAGAGGAAGCUACUUGAAAAGGCUGAUGAACAUGCGAAUACCAUGAUGUUUUCUAUGUUGUAGAAUUGUGUUUGUUGUCAAUGAAUAAAGUUUUCUUUCAGUAGUUUCCUUUUCUUUUAUUUUCCUUUUUGUUACGGUUCUUUUGAUCUGCACUUGGUAUUCUGCAAUCAAUAUUCAGUUUAAUGGUAAUUUUAUUUGGAUGUUUUUCUCA